CUGAAGGACAACGAUUCAGCUUAACACCUAACACAGCAAUUAUAUGGGCCCUUAACAGCACCGAGCCUCCAAAGUCUGUUUGCCGGGAUGCAUGCCCUGCCGGAAGUCGCAAGGCCAUUAAUAAACAUGCACCCGUGUGCUGCUUUGAUUGCUUUGAAUGCCCAGAGGGAGGCAUAAGUAAUAAGACAGGUAGGAUACGUAUUCCUAAAGCUCACUUGCAUUCUAAGCCUAAAUGUUACUGAAAUGAGUGCUGUGCUCUCUUUCAGAUUCGUCAGACUGCUUUUUGUGUACUAUUGAAUUUUGGCCAAAUGACAAAAAGGACAAGUGCAUUCAAAAACCAACUGAAUUCCUUUCCUUUACCGAAAUCUUGGGGACUGUAUUAACUGUGUUUUGCUGCUUGGGUGUAUUUUUGUCCAUUUUAAUAUUCAUAAUUUUCUUGGUUCAUAGAGAAACACCUAUUGUCAGGGCUAACAACUCUGAGCUGAGUUUCCUGCUGCUUCUCUCUUUAAAACUGUGUUUCCUGUGUUCUCUGACCUUCAUCGGCCGUCCCUCAGACUGGUCCUGUAUGCUUCGCCACACAGCUUUUGGGGUCACCUUUGUCCUCUGUAUCUCUUGUAUUCUGGGGAAAACGAUAGUGGUGUUGAUGGCCUUCAGGGCUACACUACCUAGCAGUAAUGCUAUGAAAUGGUUUGGUCCAACUCAGCAGAGACUCAGUGUAUUGGCUUUCACUGUCAUACAGGUUGUUAUUUGUAUUAUUUGGUUAAAAAUCAACCCUCCAUUUCCAAACAGAAAUUUUCAGUCCUUUAAAGAUAGAAUAGUUUUAGAAUGUGCCUUAGGAUCCCCUAUAGGGUUUUCGGCUGUGUUAGGGUAUAUAGGGCUCCUAGCGUUGUUAUGUUUUAUACUGGCUUUUCUGGCCAGAAGGCUGCCUGAUAGUUUCAAUGAGGCCAAAUUCAUCACCUUCAGCAUGGUGAUAUUCUGUGCUGUUUGGAUCGCCUUUAUCCCUGCUUAUGUCAGUUCUCCUGGGAAGUCAACUGUAGCUGUGGAAAUAUUUGCAAUUCUUGCUUCCACCUUUGGCUUGUUAUUAUGCAUAUUUGUACCAAAAUGCUUUAUUAUUAUUUUCAAGCCAGAACAAAAUUCAAAAAAGCAUAUGAAGAGUAAGAUGCAAAGCAAAGGCGUCUAAAUGUUGGAUUCAAAUGUGUAUAGGAAAUAUAAACUGAUUAUG